AGGAGUGGUGAUUACGCUGAGUUUGCUAAUAAUUUACGUUUUUUAUAUAGUUCGGGACCAAAUAGGGAUUUGUGCUUUUAAUAUGUGAAUCUAUUAGUGCUUCUGGAUCAUAUAUAUUAUUGGUGACAGUGAAAAACUUUGAGAAAUGUAUUAAUUAAGCACGUAAACGUUGGUUAUGACGUUUACUAAGGCUUUCGCGUGUGUGGGUGCGUGUUCAACGUGACAUUGCUGUUGUCGAAGCGAAACAGUAACGGAAUUAAUCUCAUGGAUGAUGAUUUUGGUUUAAACCCAAUACCUUGACGAAAGCUCGCCUACAAAACUUACUAUUUGAUGCACCCAUCGCGAUAUCAUUAUUGCGUGAGAGACGGAUCAAAAUGGGUGCGUGGACGCGCCGUUGUGUAGUGUAUAGUGUAGUGUAAGUGUUAGUGAUGUGAAGUGAUAAUGUCUGAGGAGCGAUCGCGGCGGUUGUCACAAAUCUUUGACCCGCUGUCAAGGUUCACUGAUGCUGUGCCAGGCUCUUCCAGCACGCCGAAUAGCCCAAGGUUGUUGCCAAGACGGCAGAGAGAUGGACCGCCACCUCCACCGAGGCCCUUUGCCCACUCCUCUCGCAUGGAUCCAUUGGAGUACGAGUUGGCGGCUGCCGAUGACUCUGCCAACUGGCAGGAGAGGUGUCUGGAACUACAGUUGGAGUUACACCGAAGUAAGCAUCAGGCGACGCGGGUUCGAGAUAUGUUACGAGAUAAGCUCUCGGAGCUCGAGCAACGAGUUCUGGAGGCUGAGGGCCGAGCGGAGGAAGCAGAAGACAAGGUCCGCGCCAUGGAGCAGCGGCUAUGCGAAUGGCCGGCGGGCGCUGAAGGUGCUCCAAAAGCCAUCACCAAGCUUGAAGGCCAGAUUGAAGAACAGAAGCAGCUGCGACUUCAAGACGCAAAACAAGUUGAGGCAAAAGCCGCUCGUAUCAAAGAGUGGGUCACGAAUAAGCUUCGGGAACUGGAACAACAAAACCAAUUGCUUAGAGAACAGAAUGAUCGUUGUAACCAGCAACUUGAGUUACUAAGAAACCAUAUAGCAACUCAGGGAAGCAGAAACAACACUCAGUUUGUGCCCUCUCGAGGGAGUUUAUCCCUAGAAGUGAGGUCUGCGGACCCACCUCGUGCCUCAAGUCUCUUAGCAGCAAAUCGUCGACGCUCAGAAAGUCUUGAGGGCCCACAGUUGCCCAUUACAAAAUCUGAGCCCCACUAUAGUACACCAGUACGACAUCGCAGAAACCUAUCAAUUGGUACAACCAACUUGACACAAACUAAUGUUCCACAAAUUAGCACAAUGAAUAGGACAAUGGACGAAAGGACAACGGCUAGUUUGUUGGCUGAUGACCUGGCUGCAGCCGUGGAAAACCUAGUGGUACUUCCAACAACACCAAACACAUCAACAGAUGGCGACACAACGCAUGACUAUGCUGAGAUUUACACACCCAGUCGAGAACGAACACCUGCCUGGCAAGGCAAUGUCAACGUUGUGAUACAAGGAAACAGUAGAGGAGGCUCGUCUACUGGAGACAGUUCCACAUCAGAACAGCCGAGACCGCCAACGCCACCUUUGCACAGGUUUCCCAGUUGGGAAGCGAAGAUAUACCAGGUGGCAGAUGACGGCCUUCAACAGUCUGUAGAAGAGGAACUCAGCCCUCCGCCUUGUCCGCGCCCGAUGCACGAGUCCACCAGCUAUCAGGACAUCUCGGUGCCCGUUUAUGCUACCGUCAAAGGAAGAGCGAGCCAAAUCCGUUCGAUGCCCUUCACCGGAGACUCUUCCGACGAUUCAUCGGAUGGCGAAGAGUCCAUGGGAGUCACGGUUCAUAAUACGCCGAUGCAUAAUCCACAUUUUGGUCAACCAUCCCAGCUGCCAAUAAACAACGUGAACCUUACCAACAUCCUCCCAGCUGCAAUCCAGCAGACCAGCCACGCGCUGGUCCUCAACAACGGGCAAUGUAGCUCCUCCGAUACGAGCCUCAGUGCCAGCAGCCCUUCCAAAAGUGUGAAGACCAGCUCCAGCUUGAGUCCUGCCAAAAGGUCCAGCAGUGGCUCACCAAGUAAACAGAGUAAGACUAGAGAUACGUCAUUCGAGUCGGGCAUGUCUGACGACUAUGCCAUCCCUCCAGAUGCGAUGUCGAGUGAGCCCAGUGUUAGAGACUCGCCGAGGAGACACGACGCCUUGGAGAAGAGUGGACAUCUUGCCAAGCUUGGUGGAAAGCUUAAGACGUGGAAGAAGAGAUGGUUUGUCCUAAAAAACGGUACGCUCUCGUACUGGAAGUCCCAAUCGGAGGUCAACCGCAAACCUCAAGGCCAGAUCGGUCUCGGCGAGGCUUGCAAGAUAUCGCGCAACGAAGGUGCUGCCACGUUCGAAAUAUUCACCGGGAGUCGAACUUACUACCUCACGGCGGAUAGUAUCGCUACUAUGGAGGACUGGAUUCGGGUGCUGCAGAACGUACAAAGACGAAACGCAACAAAACUGCUUCUGAGCAAAGAAGACAAUAAGCCUACGAUACAAGGAUGGCUGACGAAAGUCAAGAAUGGUCACGCGAAGAAAAGCUGGUGCGUGUUAUUGGGGAAGAUGUUCCUGUACUUCAAAUCUCCUAGUGAUCAGAACCCAACCGGUCAAAUUAACAUGCGGGACGCGCGAGUCGAGGACGUCGAACAUGUCUCCGAUUCUGAUUCUGAAGAAAAGAAUGAUGAUGCAAGGAAACACCUCACCGUCGCUAUUUAUCCUCAACAUCAGGGUCCCACCUACCUGCUGCUCGAGUGCAAGGCAGAUAAGGACUCGUGGCUCUACCACCUCACAGUGGUCAGCGGAGGAGGAGGCUCUCAAGGCACCCAUUUUGAAAGGCUGGUGCAGAAGCUAAUGGAGACUGAUGGGGAUCCUAACUGCGUGUUAUGGCGACAUCCGACCCUACUCUACUCGAAAGAAAACAUCACUUCUCCGUUGACUACCCUCAAUUCAGAAGCAUUACAAGCUGAAGCGCUCAAAUUGUUUAAGUGCGUGCAACUGUUCAUGUCUGUGGCCGUGGAGCAGGCGGGCAUCGACUACCACGUGGUGCUGGCCCAGAAUGCUCUCCAGCAAUGCCUGGAAGUGGCGGAGCUGCAGGACGAGCUGGUGUCGGCCCUUUGCAAGCAGUCUGCCCCUCACGCGGCAGCCAAACAUGCCGUUCAGGUACCGAGAAAACUCACCACUGCCAAGCUUAAGACACAACUGCUGCUGUGUGCCACCCAAUCGCUGUUCACUUGCGACACGGGCGCGUCUUCCGUCGGCGGGGACAAGGGAGACAUGCCGCAACAUCCGGCUGGCUCGCCUAGCUCCGUACAGGCGCCUUUAUUAUCUGUGGACUGCAAAAGUAACCCCCCAACGUACAGUUUCAUACAAGGCUGGCAGCUUUUAGCGUUAGCCGUUAGUCUGUUCGUACCGAGGAAUAACAGGCUGUUAUGGUAUCUUAAGCUGCAUCUCAGCAGACAUUCAGACUCCAAAACGGAAUGCGGAAAAUACGCUGCCUAUUGCGCACGCGCACUCGAACGCACGAUACGCGUGGGCGGACGUACUGACAAACCGUCUCGUAUGGAAGUGCUCUCCAUAUUACUGAAAAAUCCCUACCAUCACAGUUUGCCACACGCUAUACCCGUACACAUGCUCAAUAAUACUUAUCAGGUGAUAAGUUUCGACGGUUCCACAACGGUAGAAGAGUUCCUUUCGACCCUUAGCACUGAGCUCGGGUGUCGCGAGUCCUCCGCUUCUGGAUUUGCACUUUUCAGCGAUGAUCCCAUUGAGAAAGAUUUGGAACAUCACAUCAAACCUGAUAAAAAGCUUUGCGACGUAAUAUCUCGAUGGGAAACGGCGCUAAGAGAAAAAGGCUCCGGAAAAUUCGAGAACUCUCGAGUGAUUCGUUUGACGUUCAGAAAUCGACUUUACUUCAAGAGUUCUGUUCGGACGGAGACUGAUAAGGAGAGACUGCUUCUGUGCUAUCAAGUUAAUCAGCAAGUUGUAGCGGGCAGAUUCCCCGUAACUAGAGAACUGGCUGCGGAACUCGGUGCCCUAAUGGCCCAGUUGGAUAUGGGCGACUACAGCGCGUCCAAUACUCAACACAAUCAGCCGCUUGCCCAUCGAUUCUAUCCUUACAGAUAUAGGGCGGGGCUGACUAACGACGAGUUAAGGGACGUUGAAGAAAAGCUUCGAGCAAAGUGGGUUGCACUCAAAGGGCGUAGUACAGCGGACUGUGUACGGAUUUAUCUGAACUGUACGAGAAAGUGGCCUUUCUUCGGAGCCACGCUGUUUCAAGCUAGGAUAAAACAGCCGGAUCUCUCGAUGGCGUGGCUCGCAGUGUCCGAGGAUGGAGUCACCGUACUCGAAUUGGCCUCCAUGUCUGUCAUAGGCAGAUACGCCCUCAACUCUAUAGGCCUCUUUGGUGGAUUACAGGACGACCUGAUGAUGCUAAUAGACGCUGAGGAUUCUACCAGUCCCGUUCACAAGAUGUUGAUAAGCCUAAAUAAACCUAGAAUGGUAGAGCUGACCCAUCUAAUUGCGGACUACAAGAACACGCACCGACCCACAGGCACCGGAACGCCACAAAUGAACUCCCUCACACGAAACGGAAGCCACCGGUCCAUACGUAAGCCAUCGACAUUGCCUCACGUUCAUCACACCCUCAACUCCAACACCACCAUGACCCUGGGGUCGGAGAGGAACGCCACGUUGACCCUGUCCUCGCACACAUCUACCUUCAAUCACCUGGAGAGGGCAGUGUCCCACGGACAACCGGAUAUUUUGAAAUCCACCCCCGAUCACAAGAAACGUGCGCACACGCAGGAUGGGAUUGCGUGAUUUUAAGCUCCGACGGAUGUUCCGUAAUUUUGUAUAGGAAGGGUCAUUGAUCUGUCUUAAUGUCUGUCUGCGUUGAUAGGUCACAGAACAACGUAUGGGAUUAAAAUUACAUACAAAUAUACACUCGAUAUCGGUUUAUAGUAUGACAUAUACCGAUAUCUAUAAAAAACAUAGUACACGAAUAAAAAAACGAUUAUGACGUUACAGUGACAAAUGUCAUUUGUCAAAACCGAGGAAACGAGAAUGACCUUUCUAAGUUCGACUCCUUGACAGUUACAUUUGUUUUACAAAUGUCAGCAAGUUUUUUUUGCUAAAUAUUCGAAUGCUACGCGAUGAUUAAGUAUGGCAAUUUUUUUUAUAUUUUCACUUGAUUUUAAAUGAACUCGACAAAUACAACAUUGAUUAUUGACGGAAUUAAUAACGAAAAAUCGAGAAAUACGACGAAAAGCGACAUUCACUAAAUACCUCAUAUUAAGUAGCCGGCUCUUCGCCUUGUAUUAUACUCAUUAUUUUGUAUAAGUUUUUCGGCUUAGUGCUUAAGAUGUGUGUCUGAUUGUGUGUUAGCUCGUGAUUUAACGGUAAUAUUUAGGUAACCUAAACGUUCGUUCGUAUACACUAUUUAAACAAUAGAAAUUUGUUAGACCUUUUUCAUAACAAAAGCUUAAAAAGAAAAUAAAUUACAAAUUAUCAUACAAAAGUUUUUUUUUCACGUGACAACGUCUAAUAACUGUCCGCUGCACGCACGAAAAAGUAUGACUCAAUGUCCCGUUACGCUCAUAAUCCCCGUACGCUCACAGUCCAGUUACGCUCAUUGUACGCUUGCGCCGCAUCUAUCUCUUUUCCACUCGAUUGGCCUUACCUUCCUAGGAUUCACUCAAAUAAUUCGACCGAAAUGAUUCAUGAGUAUUAUGUUUUGUUAUGACGUUGUCACGUAUUGUCCGUUAACCGGCUUUACCGAUUUUAUAAAGUUUUUUUUUAAUUCUCUCAUAAUUUGCUUCUAAACGUUGCCGUUUAAUUACUUCAUAUUAUGUGCAGGGUAUAAGCUAUAGACACUAGAUCCAAAGACAAAGUAUUGUUUUAGAGGUGCUUAAUGCUUGAAAAUUUACUUCAUACUUACAAUAAUGCUAUUUCUGAAAAAUUUCUAGAAAAUAUUUGCCUAAACAGUAUUCAAGUCGUAAGCAAAUUUCACUGCCAAGUGUAAAUAAUAAAUUGAUUAAGGUUUCAAUCUAUAGUCUAGACUUUCUUGUAUAAAACGACUAAAGGUAGUUUAGCUUUUUAUUAGCACAAACUUCUAUAGAUUUUACCCUUAUGACAUUAAAUGUUUUAUGAUCUGGCAAAAAAAAUUACAAAGCAUUUUUGAAUCACCAAUCCUGUUUUACUCGAGUGUUUGAAAGAGUUGAAAGAAACUUCGUAUUUUAAAUAUCCUUUACAAAAAGGACUUGGAUGGAAGUACUUUUUUUUUUAAUUGAGCUGAAUAUAUUGCUUAUAAUUAGGCAUUAAUAUUUUUUUUCGUUUUGAACUUUUUCCGUUAUAAUACUGCAACUAACUCCAAGUAAUAAUCUCGACUGACGUAAAAUUCGAUCUUUAACGAAUCUCACAUGAAAAAUUAACGAAUUUUACAAACACAAGAUCUCGUUUGGAAAUUGGAAAUCUCGUCUGUAUGUUUGACCGUAAAACUAGUUUAGUGUUAGAGGAUUAAAAUAAUGUGCGGAAUAAUGCUAUAAGUAGAAUUUUCGAUACAUUUAGUCACGAUAAAAGGUAGUGAAAUAUCGAAUUUCCUAUUGACAAAGAAAUAUCGACCAAAUCUGCUUUGUAAGACACGCAAUUUUGAUUUUAGUAUUAUCAAAAAUAUUUGAGAUAACAUCGCAACCGAAUUGUUAAACAAACUAAUUUUUCGCUAAAGUCAAAAUCGCGUAUCAAUUUAGUAAUAACCUAGAUUUUAUUGUAUUGCACUUUUUGCAUCACACCUGUUAAUAUUAUUGUAUAAAAUAAUGUAUAAUACGAUUAGAAUUAAAACUUAAGUUGUAUAGAAUGGCUAUUAUAGGUAAUUUAUUAUAAUUUUAAUUUUCAUCGUUGGCCUAAAUAAUGCCUAUUAAGUAGAGCCUAAAUUUUGUACUACAGAAUUAAUGCUCGGUAAAUUUUGUUUUUACGAAUCAAUAAACGUGUAUUGACUAUGAAAA